CGACCACCCAGUCGCAGAAGACAAUCCCCAAGCAAGCCAGUUUCCUGUCCACUCCGAUUCCUCGCCCUGGAGCAUCCGUUACCAAGGCUCCCCCUCCCCCGAUAUCAACCUGCUGUCACCAUGAUCACGGACACAGAGCUCUACCGCCUGGCCAUUGUACUCGGCUCUGCCGCGAUGGUGCUGAUCAUUUUAUACCACUUCUUUGAAGUCAACUCCGGCGAGGAACAGAGCGAAGCUUUGAAGGAGAAGGCAUCAAGGAAGGGGGCGCCACAAAACACACAGGGGUCGACCAAGACACGAUAGGUGGCAAGCAAGGUGCGGAUGUACGAUACGGCGUUUGAGGGGAUGCUUGUUUUCUGGCGAUUUUUAGAUUCUGAACGGCAUCUCUGGCGUAUUCUCGGGGGGGCAGGAAUCUUCCCGAGUUGCACUCGACGCCCCAGCGCAAUGGGUUGCGGUUGGCAUUACGAGACGGCACAACAGAAUCAGGGCCGCGAUACCGCGACAAGCGAGAUGCACGAUUGGUUAUUUUAGGCACAUUCAUGGUUUUGACAUCGGUGGUGUCCCGUGUGCUUGUGGCGGGGAUGCUUCAGGGGCAAGCGCAAUUGCGUACAGUAGUAGAGAGCGGGAGCGUCCGAUUGUUCCUUCGCCGUUGGCAGAAAGGAGCCCUUCGCGUUGAGCUCCCUCAGCCUGUGCCAGGGGCUGGUGAGCUACAGAGCGGAUGUCAUUGAGGCCUGCGUUGGGUUUCUUUCUUGGCCAGGGUGCCCGAUU